AUGGGUUUCUUUAAGGCGCUUGAUACUAUUGUUCACGGAGGUGUAGGCCAGCCCGAGUCUUAUGAAAAGAAAAAGAACUAUACUUUCUCAGAAGUUCUCGGCAGUGGUUCCUUUGGUUCGGUCAAGAAGGCGAUCAGAAAUAGUGACGGAAAGGAAGUCGCAAUCAAGAUUAUCCCUAAACGUAACGUAAAGAAUCAUAAUGAUAUGGUCAAAGACGAGGUCAAUGUUCUCAAGGGGUUGAAUCAUCCUAAUGUGAUUGGAUUCUAUGACUAUUUCGAGUCAAGGGACAAAUUUUAUCUUGUAUUUGAACUUGCAACAGGUGGUGAAUUAUUUGAACGCUUGUUUGAAAGAGGCAAGUUUUCAGAAAAGGAUGCAGUUGUCAUCAUGCGUUCAGUCCUCAUUGGCCUUGAAUACUUGCAUUCACACAAUAUUGUUCACAGAGACAUGAAGCCUGAAAAUUUGCUAUUCAAAACACCUGAUUCUGAUGCAGAUUUGGUUAUUUGCGAUUUUGGUAUCGCAAAGAACAAUUCUGACGUUUCUGCUUUGGAAACGGUCUGUGGAUCGCCUGGUUAUGUCGCUCCUGAAGUGUUGACACGAAAGGGCUAUGGUACCGCAAUUGAUAUGUGGGCUGUUGGUGUUAUUGCCUAUACUCUAUUAUGUGGUUAUCAGCCAUUCCAAGCAGAGGAUCAAGUGGAGUUAAUUGAUGAAAUUACGCAUGCAAGAUAUGAUUUCCAUGAGAGAUACUGGAGAAAUAUUUCAGAAGAUGCCAAAGACUUUAUCAGAAAUUUAUUGACAUUGGACGAUAAAGCAAGAAUGACCGCUGCACAGGCUUUGAAGCACAAGUGGAUGACAGGCGAUAAUGCUAAUGAUAUCGACAUUCUUCAAACUGUUCGUGAAAACUUCAAUCCUCGUAGGACACUCAAGAGUGCAGUGGGAGCUAUUAGGGCAAUGAAUAGAUUAAGAACUGCAAGUUUAUCAUCUGAUAAGACAGAUGGGAAACAUAGUCUAGCUGCAGCUUUGAAAUUGGCAGCAGAGCAACAAAAGUCUGGCGUUCCUGCAUCUUAG